UGCGGCUGUGCGCUGAGCGGGGCCGGCCGGGCCGCUCCCGCAGACGGGUUGCGUGGAACGGGACUACAAAUCCCGGCGCGCCCCGCGCCGUGCCGAGCUACAGUUCUCGCGAGGUCUCUAGAGCUAACGCCCGGACUUCAUUUCCCUCCGGCCUUCAGCGCGCCGGAAGUGGCGGCGCGGGACUUCCGGGCUGCCGUGUGGGGGAGCGGCGGCGAGGAGCGCGGCGCUGGGGUGGUGGUGGUGAAGGCCGGUAGCGGGCGGGGAGCGCGGCGGCGGGGAUGGACGUGACCGGGCCCGAGACCGACUGGCGCAGCACCAACUUCCGGCAGAAGCUCGUCAGCCAGAUUGAUGAAGCAAUGAGGAAGGCUGGUGUUGCCCACAAUAAGUCCAGCAAAGAUAUGGAGAGCCAUGUAUUUAUGAAGGCCAAAACAAGGGAGGAAUAUCUUUCUCUUGUGGCCAGACUUAUUAUCCAUUUUCGAGAUAUCCACAAUAAGAAAUCUCAAGCCUCAGUCAGUGAUCCGAUGAAUGCCCUGCAGAAUUUAACUGGGGGUCCCCCAGCAGGGGCGCCUGGAAUGACCAUUGCUUCCCGAGCUCAAGGAGCACCGAUGAGUGGGAUGGGUGGCCUUGGCCCAAUGGGGCAACAGAUGAGUCUCCCAGGACAGCAACAGCCUCCUGGAAGCACGGGAAUGGCCCCUCAUGGUAUGCCUGGUGUCUCAACAGCUACUCAGCAGACCCAACUUCAGCUUCAGCAGAUAGCUCAGCAGCAACAACAGCAGCAACAACAAUUCCAGCAGCAGCAGGUGGCUUUGCAGCAACAGCAGUUCCAGGCCCAGCAAUCAGCCAUGCAACAACAAUUUCAGGUGCAGCAGCAGCAGGCAGCAGCAGCUGCAGCAGCCCAACAGCAGCAGCAGCAACAGCAGCAGUUGCAAGCCGUCCAGCAGCAGCAACAUAUGUUGAAACUGCAGAUGCAGCAGCAGCAAAACCAGCAGCAGAUGCAGCAGCAACAGCAGCAGCAGCAACUACAGCGAAUUGCCCAAAUGCAACAGCUGCAAGCAGCACAGGCUAUGCAGGUACAACAGCAGCAGCAACAGCAGCAGCAACAGCAGCAACAAAUAUCACAGCAACAAAUACCACAGCAGCCACCUCAACAAGUAAUGCAACAGCAGAUGCAACAGAUGCAGCAGCAGCAACAGCAACAACAGGUUGCUCAGGCACAGCAAUCUCAGCUUCCACCACAAUCCCAGCCUCAACCCCAGCCCAUGGUAUCUCAGGCACAGGCAAUCUCUGGACAAAUUCCUGGUCAGGUUAUGCCUGUUACUCUCACCCCACAGCAGUUAAAAGCAAUGCAGGUAAGAGCUCAACUGGUCCAGCAGCAGCACGCAGCAGCAGCAGCAGUGCAAGCAGCUCAGGCUCAAGCUGCUCAGAUGGGAGCAUCAGCACAGAUGAUCACCGCACCUAUGGCCCGAGGUGGGAUGCAAAUAAGACCACGGUUCCCGCCUACCACCGCAGUGUCUGCUACACCGCCAAGCUCCAUUCCUAUGGGCGGACAGCAAAUGCCACAGGUCAGCCAGAACAGUAUUACCAUGAUGUCAUCCCCAUCUCCUGUCCAGCAAGCUCAGACACCCCAGUCAAUGCCUCCACCACCACAGCCACAACCAUCUCCUCAACCAGGCCAACCAAAUUCUCAACCAAACUCAAACGUCAGCUCUGGCCCAGCUCCAUCACCCAGCAGCUUUCUCCCCAGUCCAUCUCCACAGCCAUCCCAGAGCCCAGCAGCUGCACGAACACCUCAGAACUUUAGCGUCCCAUCCCCAGGUCCUUUAAACACUCCAGGAAACCCAAACUCUGUCAUGAGUCCAGCCAGUUCUAGCCAGUCAGAGGAACAACAAUAUCUGGAGAAACUCAAACAGCUAUCAAAAUACAUUGAGCCACUCCGGAGGAUGAUCAAUAAAAUCGAUAAAAAUGAAGAUAGAAAGAAGGACCUGAGUAAAAUGAAGAGUCUCUUGGAUAUCCUGACUGACCCUUCAAAACGAUGCCCUCUGAAGACACUGCAGAAAUGUGAAAUUGCACUGGAGAAGCUAAAGAAUGAUAUGGCUGUGCCUACUCCACCACCACCCCCAGUGCCUCCCACCAAACAGCAGUACUUGUGUCAGCCACUUUUGGAUGCUGUCUUGGCCAACAUCCGGUCACCAGUCUUCAACCAUUCCCUUUACCGCACCUUUAUGCCAGCUAUGACUGCCAUUCAUGGUCCACCAAUCACGGCCCCAGUUAUCUCCUCCCGAAAACGAAAAUACGAAGAGGAUGACAGACAGACUAUACCAAAUGUGUUACAAGGGGAAGUUGCAAGAUUAAAUCCUAAGUUCCUGGUGAACCUGGACCCCUCCCAUUGCAGUAAUAAUGGCACAGUUCAUCUCAUAUGCAAACUAGAUGACAAGAAUCUUCCAAAUGUCCCACCACUACAGCUCAGCGUUCCAGCGGACUAUCCAGAUCAGAGCCCUUUGUGGAUAAAAAACCCUAGACAGUAUGCAGCCAAUCCCUUCUUGCAAUCAGUGUAUCGAUACAUGACUUCAAAACUAUUGCAACUACCAGACAAGCAUUCAGUCACGGCACUCUUAAACACCUGGGCACAAAGUAUUCGUCAAGCCUGCCUCUCUGCUGCAUAAUAUGUCACCUUCUAAAUCAUGAAGCAAGAAAUCAAGUCUCAACAGCUGGCCUUUUCCACGUACCAUUUCUAAAGUCAUGGGCAUUUUGGGGAGGUUGCUUCAGAAGAAAGAAGCCUUACAUUUUUUUGUUUCUAGAUGUCAGCUUCAGUAGAGGACCUGGUAUUAGUUCUAGAUUUCAUGCUUUUUAUCUUCUGCCUCUGUGGACUUCUUUCAGCAUUUUCAAAUAUGCAGAAUGUGUAUAUAUGGUUCUCGAGACUGUAUUAGGAGUUUUUAUUGUCUUCUUAGAGAAGAAAUUAUUUGUGGACUUCCAUCAGGGAGUCUCAUUGUUAAAAGAGGAAGCAGGGAGAGAAUGCCCUAAUUUACUUCAAAGUUUGCUGAGUGCCAGUAUUCCUUUCACACUGUAUGUUUUGUGACCUGAUGCUCCCCCAGAAAUAAAAAAAACUGCAAGUAGAACGUGCUUGCAAACUUCCUAGUGUUUGCAGGAAUCUUUUGUCUAUUAGCUUUGCCCUGCCCUGGUUUGGGAUAAAUUAUAGUCUUUUAGGAUAUUCCUAAAAUGUGUGAGAUAAAUCAGGAUAAUUAUAUUGGUGGGGGGAAAGACUAAACAGAAGGAAAACAUAUUUUCUAGCUUAUUUUAAAUGCUGCUUUGUAUAAGUGGGUUUUGGUUAGCAUGGACCACAGUUUUCUUGCUCCAAAAGUGCAGCAGUUAGAGGAGAUAUUAAUGUGCACAAUGACUUCCCAUAUAAGUAAAUGUUUGUGUAAAGGUGAAACAAGUUUAAAGUUGUACUACCAGAGAUCAAUCCAGCAGGCUUGUAGCCAUGUCUUCUUUAUUAAUGGAAUAGAGUCAGUUUGAGGCAUCUGACUUGCUUGGAGGAGUUGAUGCAGUUUAGUGGCUACAUGGUGAGUUUUGUUUUCUUUUGCUUCCUUUUUAAGAGAAAAGGACAAAAAAAGUAAAAACCAACAAAAAACCACACCACGUAGCUCAGUAGCAGAUCUGACAACUAUUAUUUUGUGCCUUUAGCAAUACAGAGCACAGAAGUUGGUUGUCAGCUGCUGUAUUGCUGUGCAUUUCCAAUAAAAACACUUGCCAUGAAUAAUUAAAUUUGUUUUCUUUUUCCCCAUUCUCUGUUUGUUUGCUCUUAUUUUCUUAGUGCAGAAACAAAUUCAGGUUUCAGAUGUUCCAGUUAUAUCCUAUUUUAUCUCCCUGUAUUGUGCAGCAAAUCUUAAAGAGCAGCUGCACUCUCUCACAGUCGUGCCAAGAAAUUGCAUUCAUCUUUGUACAUGUGUGAUGUUGGUUUUAGUAUCUUUUUCAGUGUGGGUACUUAGUAACCACUAACUGAGGCAGCAGAAUGCUAUCAGUAUUUUGUACAUGAACUAAUGCAUUAUCUGUUUGUUUCUAUUGUAAUAAAUUUAUUAUUAUUCCUGUGUUGGAUGCUAACAUUAUACUACUCUUCCCAUGUUGAUCCUCAGAUACCAGUUCUGUUGCAUCCCUGGGAUGAUGGUUACUUUGUUCUAGGCCAGGUGAUCUCACAAGGUUAUUCUUCAAGCAGUCCUACUUCUAAAAGAAGAAUAUUGGAGAACAGAGACGAGUUCAAAUCAUGCAAGAAAAAAAAUAUUAUUUUUAAUAGGACUUUUCAAACUAGAGUGAACUUUGUGGCAAACAACUGAUUCUAUUAUGUAGGUGCUAUUUCUGUUCUUCAGGUACUCACUGUUUUCUAGGAGCUUUCCUGACAGGCAGUUUUGGCAAGCAUGUAACUGUAUUACUGAAUAAAAAUGUUUGUACAUGUA